CCAGUUGUACCAGUAACAGUAAAUUAUAUUGUCAUUCCCUUUGAACACUUUUAUUUUUUGGUGUUACUUUAACAUCCAAGAAAGUUGGGAGCUUAACCCUCCAGAGGCAAUAAAUAAUUCUCACCAUCUUCACAUUCUUCCAUUAAUAAAAACACCCCUCAGAAACAUUAUGUAAUGGUUACAUUACUACUUUGUGGACAAUUGACUAAAUGCCACAAUGCUUUAUCAUGGAAUACAACAUCUCUUGUCAACUGUAAUAGCGGAAUGGAUUUCUUACUUAGGUUAGCUGAGCCCUGAGGUCUUUUAACUGAUGCAAUCAAUAUUCUUCAUCAUCUGUGAUGAGUUACAUUUUCCAACCACGUGAGCUAAUGUCAACGAGCUACAUUAUCUACGUCAGUGGAUCUCUGCUUCUCUUUAAUGAACUUUUGGGCAUGAAUUUCAUUUCUGUUAGAGGCACAGUUAGAGGAACACUGGGAAAAAAUACAUUUAUGAGAUCAAUAUGCAAAGAAAGACAAGAAAAAUAGGCCUGCCAGAAGCAAGAGCUUCCUGGGAAGAACAAGGUGUUUGUGAAGUGGCAGCUGGGAAGCUGGAAGUCAUGGAAAAGUUCUUCACCCCAUUGCCCCGCCCUGAUCUACGCAGAUCAGUCAAAGACCAAGGAAAUGUGAGAUCAGGUUGGAAUGAAGUCCAAGAACCUUACUAUGCAGAAUCUCUCUCUUCCUCCUCAUCGCCAUCUUCUUCCUCGGCUUGGUCUUCAGAAUGCAACUUUAGAGGUCGGGAAGGAUUCUCAAGAUACCACUCUCACGACCCCCAUUCCCGCUCCUGUAAUGACCUUACUGUGGGAAAGGGGAGGAGAAAUGAUGAUGAUGAUAGGAGGGUUUUCACUGGGAAGUGCAGUGGAAACCUGGUUCCGAGAAGAUCUGAAAGAGAUAGCACAGAAAGACUUUCAACAGGAGCUCAUAGUGCUGGAUCAAACAAUCUGAAGGUCCCUUCUGGGCAUGGACUGGAUGGAGGUCUCCUUGAUGCCAAAGGGACCUAUACGGGAAAUAUGAAAAAUGGAGGCCGUAGAGCACGGUCCAUGGAAGUGCUGUCAGAAAAAGAAACACAAAAAGAACAAAAGAUGUAUAAAAGGAAUAUCAAGGAGGAAAAGCAAAAAUUUUCAAAAUUCCUGGAUGAGAUAACCGUCCAGGUGCUAAGUCCCUCAAACCUGAACUCUUUGGGAGUGAAAGGACAGAAGGCUGGAGCUCAUACACUACUGAAAAACUCAAGUACUGAUAGUUCAGGUUCCAGAGGGAACAAAGGUCACCAUGCACCAGCAGUACAGCAACAGGAUAUCAAGAGGAAGGGUAAAGAAAAAGAAGUAGCUUCAGUUAGGUCAAUACCAGUUGCAGACAGACCAGGCUUAAGAAGGAGUCGAGAUCUGAGUACAAGUCCUGAUUCUGCUUCCUCUGUGGUAUGGAAUAAGGAAAUGGCUGAAUCAAGAUCUGGUGUGACAACUGUAAGGCAUGCACUAAAGAACACUGAAAUUCACAGACAACAUGAUGGCGUUCGGGCAAAGCAGAAACCCAAAGGUGGGAGUCUCUUUGAACCGACAGGGAGAGACAAAAAAGAAGGCCACAAAAAAGGAAAAGCUGUAUUUGAUGAUAAAACACCAAGCAGUAGUGAAUUUACUCCAGAUCAUUCCACACCAGUACCCCUUAUACCUCCUCCAGAUUGGUGGCGAGACUCAGUAACAUCCCAGGCCUCUGAAAAAAAUACGGAUAACUUCAGAGAUACAUCCAAAAGGAUGGUGGAUGAGCUUUCUAACACUCUGAUGAAUGAUCACCAAGAGAAAAGCAAUUCAAUCAAACUGGAGACAGAAAAGGAUUCUCUUAACCACAAGAUCACCGAGCUCCUUGAUCAUUUGGUCCGGGCCCAAAGUACCAUCUGUGCUCUGGAAAAAUUGAAUGUCUCUUCUUUACUUGCCAAUUUACCUCCAAAUAUGCUGGAAAAAGUUACUGCCUCUCAGCAAUCUCCUGAUGGCAGCAGCCAAGUGCAAACAUCUCAGAAUGUAAUCUCCACUAGAAUCUUUUCAGAGGCCUCUCCUCAGGAUAUAUCUGGGAAAGGUUUACAAAGCAAAGUAGAAAAGGAGAUAGUGAAGGUACCAGCUGAACCACGUCUGACUGCUUUCGCCCCUUGGAGCCCAGCAGACAAGUCGUUCCCCAUCCUGCAAUCCCUCUAUAGCUCCACUGAGAGUGAAUGCAGCUUAGAAGAUACUCUGCCUAGUUAUAAACUGCUUUCUCCUCGCUUUCCUAAUCUCGGAGAGAGUUUUUCGGAAGACAGAAAAGACGAAGCUAACUCAUACGAUGGUGAGACCAGAGUCAAGCAAAGAAUGGCCAAUCUUUCUCUUUCAAAUCUUCUGCCAACUCAUCACUUACAUAGCCACUGUACCAGAAUUAGCAGUUCUGAAAGUUCAGGAGAUGACGCCACACUUGGCUGGGGUCAGAUGUUGUCUCAAGGGCCCUCAUUCGACUACCAAUCUGCACAAAAGAUACUUGAUACAUUUCUAGGUUUCACAUCUCCCUUUGAUAAGCAUUCUACAGCCCAGAACAUGGCUGGGUUGCCCAUCACUGAUGCCACACAGACUGUUGCUAAAGCUGUAAAAGCUGACAAAAACAACACAGAACUUGUUCCCAGAUCAAAUCCCAAAAAUGUGUCCAGCACAUGUCAAAGCAAAGAUGCCUUAAAGCUUUCAACUAGAACCUCUCACAAUAAAAGUCCUUCUUCUUCCCCAAGCCCUUUGCAUCACAGUAGAGAUGAUCCAUACCAUCGAAGUCACAUGGUUGACCCCAGAAUGCCACAACUACCUGCUAAAAGGUCCUCUCUUCCAAGAAGUGGAAGAAACAGUUACCCUUCCCCCAAAACAGUGGAGGAAACACGUUUUAGUCCAGUAGGGGUACAAGAGGGAUCCAAUCAGUCUAAAUCAGAGUUCCUUCACCCUUUAGUGUCUGUUUCCACUCCUGGAAAUAUCUCUGAAUAUCACAAUAAUAAUGCUAUGACUGCAUAUGCUCUCCGAAGCCCUACAGGAUCUGAACCUAUCAUCAAAGCCUGGGAUUACCAAGGCUCACACCAGAGUUCAUGGUCAGAAGAAGGUACAGAAAAGAAGCCCAGAAAAGAGAAGACCGUGCAUUUCUACACACUCAACAGUGAUGAACACAAUGGAAAAGGUCAGCUAACCAUAAAGUCCAAGUGUAUGGCUACUAGGUUGGAAGACCAGGGUCUGGGUGAUAGCACUUCAUUGGAUUCAACCCUGCUUUAAAAGGAUUAUCAUGGUGGAGUAUUUUACAUACCGUAUUUGUCCUAUGAUUUCCAGUAGAGAAUUAUUUAUGAACUUCAGUGAACUUUUCUAUACGUUUUUCUGGGUAAAAACAGACAAUGCUUAU